AUGCUGCACGUGGCGAGUGGGAGGAACAUGCUUAAUGCAGCCAUCGUAUGUACACAGUAUGCGGGAUCCCGGUCAUUGCGGGUCGGUAAGCGCUCCAAGGCUCUUCAUUGGAAGAAAAGACACGACAAAGGACGAGGCGCCGUCGUCCCCCUCGAUAACACGAGCGUUAAUGCCGGAGGCCACGGCGUCUUCUUUCCAAUUUCUGUGCCGCUUCUAGGGCGAACAGGAUGUGAGCUCAUGGGCGGCCGCGGGCGCGGAGAUACCGUGCUUGACAGCGGCCCAGAUUAUUCCCAAGAUUUGCGCCAUGGUGCCGCCGAGCGAGCAACGUUCGUAACGACGCUUGGGCGAGCGCCCCCUGAAAAUCCAGACUAUUACCCCGGAUCAGAGCCAAGAACAGGUAGCGUCUCCGCAGCUUGUUGCGUCAAAGGGGAAUCCGAAUUCGCUUCCCCGAGUCAUGGGCCCCCACUGAUCGUCUCCAAUACGCUGGAGUAGGGCAAAAGAAGAGAGACAGGAUAACGAUCA